AUGGACGCCUAUUCAGGAUACAACCAGAUUUUCAUGGACCCUGCCCAUAGCGAGCAUACGGCUUUCAUCACCGACCGCGGGUUGUACUGUUACAAUGUCAUGCCUUUCGACUUGAAAAACGCUGGGGCAACCCGAACGACAGGGGGGCAUCUGGAAAACUUAGCCCUCAUGUUCGGUAUACUGAAAUACUACCGAAUGAGGCUGAACCCAAUGAAGUGCGCCUUCGGUGUAUCUUCGGGGAAGUUUUUCGGAUUCGUAAUCAGCCAAAGGGGAAUCGAAGCCAAUCCCGAGAAAAUCAAAGCCAUCAUCGAUAUGGAAAAGCUGAAGACACAAAAGGAUAUUCAGAGCCUUACCGGACGUGUCGCCGCCCUAACGCGCUUCAUUUCCAAGGCCACCGAUAGGUGCAGACCAUUCUUCAAAGCCUUGAAAGGGGGCAAACAUCAUAUCACAUGGACUUCCAAGUGCGACCGAGCAUUUCAAGACUUGAAGAACUACAUGAGCAAGGCACCACUAUCGUCGAAACCACUCCCCGGAGAAGUUCUCCUCCUCUACCUUUCGGUAUCCAACACUGCCGUUAGCUCGGUAUUGAUACGGAAGCCAGAGAAGGCAGAGCUACCGAUCUUCUAUGUUAGCAAGGCACUUCAGAGCGCAGAGCUUCGGUACCCUCCCUUGGAGCAGCUAGCACUAGCCCUCGUGAUCUCAACCCGACGGCUCCGCCCAUACUUCCAAGCGCACGAGAUCACUGUUCUGACUAAUCAACCCUUUCGGCAGGUACUACAAAACCCAGAAACAUCCGGUCGAUUGAUCAAAUGGGCGAUCGAACUCGGAGAAUUCGACAUACAGUUUAAGCCAAGACCUGCCGAGAAGGGUCAGGCUAUCGCCGACUUCAUUUCCGAACUCACACCUUCAACACCAUCGGAACCAUCCUUUCCGAACGCUGUUAUUUUGGAACCAGAAAAGUUGAAUGCCGAACGCUUUGAUCCCUCCAUUCCUGUAUGGAUCCUGCAUGUCGAUGGCUCGGCAAAUCAACAAGGCUGUGGAGCUGGCUUGGUGUUGACUACUCCAGACAGAGACAAAGUCGAAUAUGCUCUCUGA